AUGAGAUUCCAAGGGGAUAGCAAAGUGCAACGGUUCCACCUGGCGGCCAACAGGCAGCAGCGCCAUCAGAAGCUCAGUCACAGUCACAGUGAUGACUCCAUGGAUGAGGAGCAGACCAUGUGCAGCCGCGAGGCAGCCGAGAAGAGCAUUAAGUAUUAUCUGAAGAACAGCUCACUGCACGGGCUCAAGUAUAUAGCCGAAGAGAGUAUUACCAUACCAGAGCGCGUUUUCUUUGGCAUAUCCUUCGUGCUGGUGGUCAUUCUGUCGGGCUUCUUCAUAUCGAACAUUUACAUCAAAUGGAGCGCCUCGCCCAUCAUCAUCUCGACGAGCGCCAAGCAGCAGCUGACGAGCAACAUUCCCUUUCCGGCUAUAACCAUAUGUAACCUGAAUCAGGCGCUGCGAAGUCGGGUGCAAAGCAUCUCCAGCACCAGCAAGAACUAUUCAUUGCUUAUGAAUCUGUGCAGCAAGGACUACGAUCAGACCAUCACGUACAUCGGCACCUGGACGUACUUCAAGGCGCUGCUGGUGGAGGUGGCCCAGCCAUGCGACGAGAUGCUGCUCCAUUGCAGCUUCGGCUCACGCAAGGAGAUCUGCUCGACCAUUUUCAAUUCCAUACUGACGGACGACGGACUGUGCUGCACGUUCAAUGCUCUCGAUCCCAUCUAUUUGUUUCGCAACUACACGGACGAUGUGCGCAUCGAGCCGGCGGCUGAGAAUUCAAAAUUCAAGGCCAUUGACUGGACGCCAGAAUCGGGCUAUGCCAAGAAUUUGCCGGAGUUUUACUACCCCCGGACAUCUGGCGGCACGGGCAGUCGCAUGGGACUCACCGUCGUAUUGAAUGCCUCGACUGCCGAAUAUUACUGCACCAAGUCCAUGGGCAAUGGCUUCAAGGUGCUGGUCCACAAUCCCGCCGAGCUGCCCAAGGUGACCAACUAUGGAUUUGUGGUUAGCGCCGGCCGCGAGGCACGCAUACCCAUCGAGCCGGUCUACGAGGAUGCCACGCCCAGCAUACGUUCGAUCAAGAAGGCGGUGCGCCGCUGCCUGUUCUCGGAUGAGAACGAUCUGUCCUAUUAUCGCACCUACUCCCGCAAGAACUGUGAGCUGGAGUGCGAGGCGAAGCUGCUGCUGCGCGAAUGCAGCUGUGUGCUCUACUAUCUGCCCCGGAUAGAUCCGGCGGCCCGUGUCUGUGGGCCCAACGAUAACAACUGCACGAAUCGGGUGCAGACGGAGAUCGAGUCGUCGAAGACGAAUCUCUCCUGCGAGAACUGCUGGCCGGGCUGCUUCGAGCUCACCUACAAGUCGGUCAUGAGCAGCUCGACGAUUGUGGCCGGGCCCAGCUACCAGAAUGGGGAACAGCUGCCGGAGCGUCUCUUCAAUGCCAGCCAGAAUGGCAAUGUCAACGACCUAGCCAUCCUCCACUUUUACUAUCUCAACAACAACUUUCGCAGCACUACGAAAUCCGAAAUGUUUGGCUUCACCGAGUUUCUGUCCAAUACGGGUGGCCUGCUCGGCCUGUUCAUGGGCUUCAGCAUCUUCUCUGUGAUCGAGAUCGUCUACUAUGUGACGAUGCGUCCCUUUUGCGCCUCGCGAACGAUGCACGAUCGACGACGCCGGCGGCAGGCGGAGCUGCUCUGGCUGACGCCGGUGCGCCAGCGACGACGCCUCAAUCUCCAGCUGCAACGCCCGCCGCCGCCAUACAGCCAGCUGGGCAAGGCGAGGCCAGGCGCGAAGAUCAAGCAGAGUCUGUGGCAGACGCUGCGUGUCGGCCGCGAUCCGAUUGUCUAUCCCUAUUUGGAUUAG